GGCAGCCAAUAGAUAAAUUAUGUCCAUCACAAUUGCAUCCAUGGAGAUUAUAAAUAGCUCAACCCAUGAGUCAGUCUCUACAUCACUCACCUCUCUGAGUCUUCCACUUCCUUUCAUCUCCAUCAUCAUAAUCAGCAAAUUUACAGAAACCAAUGACUCAGUCGCCGGAGCUGAUUCCGGGUUUGCCUGAAGAAAUUGCCCUCGAGUGCUUGACUCGGUUACACCACUUAACUCACCGAGUCGCCACCCAAGUGUGCAGCCGCUGGCGGCGGCUUAUUCACAGCAAGGAGUUUUACUACCAAAGGAAGCAAACUGGAAAAACCCAUAAAACCGCUUGUUUGAUCCAAUCACUCCCGGUUCAUCCUGGUUCAGACGACCUCAAACCCGUCGGAGCUCCUAGGUGUUCUAUAACCUUGUUUGACCCGGUGAAUGAAACCUGGGACCGGAUUGACCCAAUUCCCAAAUACCCAGAUGGGCUUCCCUUGUUCUGCCAGGUAGCAAGCUCGGAAGGGAAGCUCGUAGUAAUGGGAGGAUGGGAACCCGCGAGUUACCAGCCGACAAAUGAUGUUUUCGUGUAUGAUUUCACAAAUCAGAGAUGGAAACAAGGAAAGGACAUGCCGGAGACUCGUUCCUUCUUCGCCAUCGGUGAAGUAGAAGGACGGGUUUUAGUAGCCGGAGGCCACGAUAAUAACAAGAACGCAUUGAGUUCAGCGUGGGCUUACGACGUGAGCAGCGACGAGUGGACUGAGCUGACUCGGAUGAGUCAGGAGCGAGACGAGUGUGCAGGAAUUGUUAUAGGGGGAGAAUUCUGGGUGGUCGGCGGGUAUAGGACGGAGAGUCAGGGGGGUUUCGAAGGGAGCGCUGAGUUUUAUGAGUUGAGAACGGGUGAGUGGAAACGAGUAGAGGAGGCAUGGAAGACGGACCGGAGUGCGAGAUCAUACUUGGGUAUAGACAAAGAUGGGAAGCUGAUCUGCUGGGCGGAGAAAGACCCGAGGGUGCGGGAUGGGGUUUGUGCUGUUCAGGUGAGCGACCGGACCGUCUUGUCCGGUUCGGCUUACCAAGGUGGACCGCAAGGGAUCUUUGUAGUAGAAGGGCAGAAUGGAAAGUUGAAGAAGGUGGAAGUAGUCGAUGAGUUCUGUGGACUCGUGCAGUCUGGGUGUUGUGUUGAGAUCUGAAGUAGACUCUUGUGUAUAUAUUUUAUUUUUGUGUGUGUAUUUAUAUCACGUCUUGUUUUUGUGUGUCACUACACUAAAAUAUUAUGUUAGUUCUAAUGGGGCUUUUGUAUAGAGAGGUAUAUUGUUGUAGAAUGUGGCAACUAGCUUGGUUUCUUAAUGGGAUUCUAUCCUGGAUGAAAUUACGAUCCUCA